AUGGUGCUGGACGCGCCUGUGCUUCCUUUUCCACCCGAAACUCCUCAUCUCGCUGCUUCCUGCUCUCCAAUCCUAUGGACGCUGCCUACCACUGAACCCUGUCAUUGGUCUCGUCCCCUUUCGCUUGCGGAGCCCGUGGGCGCGGUUGCGCAUUCGUGCUCGUCUCCCACACAGAGCCUCAGCCACGAUGGCGGUGCGACUUAUCCCUGUCCGCUUCCGCUGUUUGUCUCUCGGUCAUCGUCGACUCGUCUGAGCAGAGCCGAACCUGACCGCGCUUCCGAGGGCUUCCAUGCGGGUGUCCUCGGAGUUACUCGUCCUCCCAUUUUUCCCUCGUCUCUCGCGUCUGCUUCCUCUCCCUCUGUUUCUCGUCUAUGGCGGUCGGUGUCUCCGCCGUGGGGUCCGUCUUCUGGAUGGCCUGGCGGCGUGUGCUGUGCUGACGAGCGACUGAAGAGAGAACACCGGUGCGACGUACGGGGCGAAAGCGAAGACUCACCUCACCGGCGGUCGAGCGCAACGGAGGCAGCCGUUUCGCCUUUCUCUCGAACCAAUCUUCUCCUCACACUUCAAAGCGCUAGACGCGGCGCAAUUCUCCCGACGCCCUCCGAUCCAGGACAACUGUUCCGGAAGGCGAGAGGAAGGGGGGGCGACAGAGAGCGUGAGACAUCCGAGGCGGUGCGCAGGGCGGGCUGGCUUCAAACGGCAGAGGACCACGCUCCGGAAAGCAGCCGAGACGCCCACGACGAGACGCGUGUGCAUGAAGGCCAAGAAGCGCAAAAGGCAAGCAGAGAAGCAGGGAACCGCAUGCAGGAGCAAGGCGACAUGCCAUGCUCACCGUCCACUGCGAGCUCUUCUCCUCAAGGUCAACCGAGUUCCGCGUCGCCUUCGUUUGCCUCCGCUCCCGCCUUAGCCUCUUCUCCGUACAUGGAAGGUUUGGGAUCUCGAGGCGUUCGUGGGGGGCGCGCAGGUGGGGGUUGGGCACGCCCAGCCGCGUCUAUUGGGGGUAUGUUUCAGGCGGGGCUGGACCGAUUUUUCCGGCAAAAGAUCCUGCAGGAUGACGCAUUUUGCAGCAGUGUCCGAGCACGUGGACACUAUGGCUGCGUUAAUGCCAUCAGCUUCUCGUCGGAUGGAACCCUUUUAGGGAGCGGCGGCGACGACAAGCGCGUCCUGCUGUGGCGCGUGCGAGAACCGAGGAACCUGCCGAUCCAGGAAAUUCCCACGAGGCACCAAGAAAAUAUUUUCGGAGUCAUGUUCGACUCUUCCGACCAAUACGUCCUAACUUGCGGGAACGACGGCCUGGUUAUGCGUACGUCACUGGAGAACCCAAACGACACAGUGGUUCGCAACGACGUGGAUGCUCUCCGCCGGGACCCUACCUUGCCGAGCGAAAGCCGCCUCAGGCUCCUCAGAACCAUGGAUGCAGGCGCCAGCUUCCAGGCCUCCUUCCUCUUCUCCGGUCACCACGAGGCCAUCGUCGCGAUGGAGGCUGGAACUGUGGAGACGUUUGAUUUUCGGGAACGCGACAUGAUGGGGCGCGUCAUCACUCGCGCGGAUGCGUCCGUGCUCAGUGUAUGCGUCCACCCUGUACAGCAGUUCCUCUUCGCCUACUGCUGCUGUCAAAAGGCUGCACUUGUGGAUCUGCGCACUAAAGAGGCUGUCUGCGUUUUAAAAGAUGUUCUCCGAUACGCGCGCGACUCUGGUGUUUCCGGUGGAGUGCGAGGCUCUUUCCCUCGCUGCGGAUAUCGUCGCCGCAGUCCGGCGACGCAUGGCCAGCAGACUCUGCUCGAGAGUAGAAGCGCGCGAGGACGCAGAAGACGAAAUGUGUCGUCGUCCUCUUCUUCUCUGUCGUCUUCUUUGUUUUCGUCACCGUCCGCCUCUUCAUCCUCGUCCUCUCCUGAACGGGCGGGUAGACAAGCACGACGUGUGCGGCACCACUGCCCAGCUAGAAACCAGCCGGCAAGCGCUCUUUCUGCCUCGUCUCCGUCCUCACUAUCUUCUCCCUCUUCCCCGUCGUCUUCUCCCUCUUCCUCUCUUUCUUCGCCCUCUGCGUCUUCCUCUUCCCCUGAUUCCUCUUCGUGCUCGUCCGCUCCGCCUCGGCGUCGUUUUCGUUCUCGCCGUUCUUCGGGCCGCCUUCACACGUCGUCUGGAUCUGUGGCCGUCGGGGUGAGGACGGCAGACGAACCUGAAACGCGCGACGCGAGCUCCAGCGACGGCGAGUCGCAUACCCGUGUGUCUGUGCAAUACCCGCCGACAGUCCCAGUGAGGCCAGCGUUUCUCCUUCCUGCUUCGGCUGACCGUCCAGUACCACCGUCCGUCACCGCUGUCACAGAAGGCCCACGCGGGGCGCUCAGAGGCGAAGACGAUGCCGAGGGGUCUUUCUUUCCGUGCAGAGAAUCGGAUAGACGAGGACGAGACCAAGCGCACCGGUCCCCCAGACACGAAUUUCGAUACAGAAAGAAACUACGGAGGGGACCAGAUACGCCUGCGUCGACAGGCGAUUUCCAGGCCUAUACAUCUUCCCCAGGUCGGCAGGAACAGGAGCAGAAACACCAGGAAGCAAAUCGCGUCUCUUCGUCGAGCGCUGGAUCAGCCUCUUGUUCUUCGUCCGUGUUGGCCUCCCCCGGUUUCACGAUUUUGUCCGAAGGGGGAGACCGCGAGAGCGAGUUGAGACACGAUGUGCAACCCGCUUCCCCUGGGCCCUGCUCUCCCUUCAUUUCGCAGGAAGGCGAGGACGAGAGAGGGCGCCUGGAAGACGUGCCCGUGGCGCCUGGAUUUGUUUUGCCAAUGGAGGAUGUGGCGUAUGCCGAAUAUGAAGAUGACGGAGACUUCAGCGGGGAGGACUUUGUAUGCACCACGAGGGGCCUUUCCGUGAAAAAGACGGAAGCUGGUAGAACCGAAGGAAAUGCGGUACCCGCAGUGCGUCCACAAAACGAACCCCGAGACCCGUCGUCAUCUCUAAAGGGAGGAGUGUCAGCGGCCUCUGUCCUUAGUGAAGCGCUCGCCACUAAGCCGAAACAGGCGAGGCAUGAGACAGAUGUCGGCGGCGAAGGGGACGAGCUGAAAGAAAGAAGGCUGGACGGAAGGAAGCGAAGGAAGACGAAGCAGGAGCUCUCGCCUGCAGACGACACAGACGAAGAGCUGCAGGGAAGUCGGGGAGCGAAAGUUCCAAGCGAUUCGAAGGCCGAGGCCUACGUCGAACCCGAUCAUGAAUUUGAGUCGAACGGCUCUCGAACAGAACGCGAGGCAGUCGCUCGACACGAAGCAGCCGUCGAAGAAGACGAUCGACUUGAACAGGAGGCUGCGUCUGCCAGGAGGGCGAGACUCGCGACAAGGAAAGGUCGGAAACCAUUCAUCCCAGUGGCCGCAGCAAGCGAGCAGACGGCUUCGUGCACCCGCACCAGAGCUCCGGUUCCAGGCCGAGCUCACGACGGAAGUCGCGGACAAGACGAAGUGUGCAACGAUCUGCUCGGAGUCGACGAAGAAACCAGAAGAGGCGAAACGGCAGACGGGAGCUGUGGAGAACGCGAGCGAGCAGGACUUCAGGCGGCGUCCAUGCCCCAAACAAAGGCCGAGCCUGUUGACAGCGGUGAUUCCUCCCGUGCCACGGAGGCCCAAACCUGUGAGAAGGGGAAGGACAACGAUACCGCUGCCGCACCUCCUCUUUCUCACUCCUUGGAGAUGACUGAGCACAACAACUGCCCAGCAUCUGUCAACGUGGCGAACAGAGCAGCAUGCCGGGUGAGAAACGCUGACGCACGAAAAGGCUACAUCUCGGAUCCAGACGAGCUCGCCGGGCCUGUGCCCCAUUUCGACUUCGGACCUGAAAAGAGGGAACUCAAACGCAAACCUACAGUCGCUGGUCGAAGCUGUGAAGGACGAGGGACCGCAGACGGCAGAGAGGACCGCGACGGAGCAGACGAAGACGGCGGCCGAUUGGCGGUGGCUGACGGGUGGGUGCCAGCCUCGCGAAGAAGGCCCUCUAGCCGCCGCAGAGCAGCCGAACGGGAGGCAGACGAAGGCGCGAACUGUCGGGAGCCUGCCGAUGAGGGUCGGCAGGUGAAGGCACAGGAGCGAGGACGCCGCGAGGAGGGACAGCCUUUCCAUUCCACCGGCCGUGGCCGUGAAGACUCGCGACUUGAAGUGCGCCGUGUCCCGCAUCUUCAGAGACAGCGUGAGGCCCAGCGCGAAGAGAAGCUACGCGAACGAGGCCAACGUGGCGUGCCUGCGGCGAGCAGCCGGAGACAAAACGAAGGAACAGGGCUUUCGUCUUCAUCCGAGGACAGACGCGACGAGGCUGGCAUGGGUGGAUGCGGGGCUGUGUCAGGCGGGGGCCCCGCGGCUUCUGAAGAAGACGGAGAUUCGACAAGACAGGCGUCGUCGGCUCGCAAUCGUAUCUCCGCCUCCUCGGCUGCUCGGGUCGCUCCGCGCAGUCGCCGCGGCCCGUUUCGCAAGCUGAUGCUUCUCAUUCUCACACGGAAGCCUCCGCUUGUUUACGCGACACGAGGGCAGUUCCCACUCUUUGAACUGAGAAGCGACGGCUGGUGGAACUUGGUGACGCUGAAGGCAGGUUGUUUCCUCUUCGACGAUCGGCAUAUCGCAAUUGGAUCUGAAGACAAACGUGUUCACGUCUGGCGCCUACCAGAUGUUAUUGAUUUCGAGGCGCAUGCAAUCCACCAUCGCACAACGAUCCUUUACAGCGCGUAUACCCUCUCUGGGCAUCUCUCCAUCGUUAAUUGCUGUGCCAGCACUCCGCCCAUUGGAGUAGGAAGAUCAUUCCCAGUCUUGGCUACCUGCGGCAUAGAGCGGAUGGUUCGUCUCUGGACGCUUGGCAAGCGGGCGGACGGCAUAUCCGAUGACUGUCUGUUUUACCCGCCUGAUGACAAGUAUGUCACACCAGAAAGCUUGGAGAGCAUGGAUGUUAUCAGCCACUUCAACCGUCUUGCUGGAUUCACGUACACGAAGAUGUACCCUGGUGAGGGGUUUGGCGUUACUGGGUGGCAACCAGCAGGCUACGAGGAGGGUCAGGUUCUCUCGUUUUUUAUCUUUGAGGGGUCCGUGAAACAGGAGGACAUUGUACACCGACAUGCUUCGUAA